GAGAGAGAAACAGAAGAAGAAGAUGUCAGGUGGCUUUCAGUUACAUGCCUCAAAAUGAAGAUGAACUGGAAUUAAAAGUUGGUGAUAUCAUUGAAGUUGUGGGAGAGGUAGAAGAGGGCUGGUGGGAAGGUAUACUCAAUGGAAAGACUGGAAUGUUUCCUUCCAACUUCAUAAAAGAACUGUCUGAUUCUGAUGAUGCUGGAAUAGAAGAGCAAGUAAAGCCAAGCCUAAAAGAUGCUACGGGCUCUGAGAGCGAUGGUGGUGACUCUUGCAGCACAAAAUCAGAAGGAGCCAAUGGAGGCACGACAAUCCAACCCAAAAAGGUCAAGGGUGUUGGCUUUGGAGAUAUCUUCAAAGACAAACCUAUAAAGCUACGACCAAGGUCAAUAGAAGUUGAAAAUGACUUUGUCCCACUAGAUAAGAGUGUUGGGAAGAAAUUACCUCCAGCCACAGCAACUCAGGAGCCAACAAAAAUAGAAGUGGACAGCAGAACAAAAACCAAGGAGUAUUGCAAAGUGAUAUUUCCAUAUGAAGCACAGAAUGAUGAUGAACUCACAAUCCGAGAAGGUGAUGUCGUCACACUUAUCAGUAAGGAUUGCAUUGAUGUGGGUUGGUGGGAAGGAGAACUCAAUGGCAGACGAGGUGUGUUUCCAGAUAACUUUGUCAAGCUUCUUCCUUCCGAUUUUGAAAAAGAGAGACCGAAGAAACCACCACCUCCAUCAGCUCCUAUCAUCAAACAAGGAUCAGGUACUACAGAUCGAAAGCAUGAAAUCAGAAAGGUGCCUCCUGAAAGGCCAGAAUGUCUUCCUAAUCGAACAGAAGAAAGAGAAAGAUCAGAGAGAGAGCAAAACCAGUUCGACUUGCAGAAGCCUUCAGUUCCUGCUAUACCUCCGAAGAAACCUCGGCCACCCAAAGCAAACUCUGUGAACAGACCUGGUACCUUACCUCCGAGACGACCAGAAAGACCAGCUGUGCCUGUGACUCAUACAAGGAGUGAUAGUCCAAAAGUGGAAUUAGUGGGCAGUACAGUAUCCAGCACUCUAGAGAAAGACUCCUCUGAAAGAAGCAAUGACAUCGACUUGGAAGGUUUUGACUCUGUAAUACCAAUUGCUGAGAAGCUUAAUCAUCCAACUACAACUAGACCAAAAGCUACUGGCAGGCGACCACCCUCCCAGUCUCUCACGUCUUCAUCCCUUUCAAGCCCUGAUUUCUUUGACUCCCCAAGUCCUGAAGAAGAGAAGGAGGAACAUAUUUCCAUUACUCAGAAAACUAUUGAAGUAUCAAGGAAAUCAAGAACUGUUACAAUAUCACAAGUAAGUUAA